AUGUUCUUCCCUAAUGCUAAGCCGAUGAAGCAAAUCACGAAGAGAGCGAACGCCCCAACGUACACAACCCUUCGGCCCACCAGCUCGCAAAAUGGUGCCAGGAAAAGCGGUGCCAGUGCACAUGCUAUGUUGAAGCAAAACAAUCCCAAUUGCCCAAGUGAAGUUGAGACGCCAAAUUCGUCGACCAUCGAGUUGAUUCCACUGCUGUAG